UAGUUUUUUAAAUAUAUUUGAACCUGUCAUUGCAAAAUUAAAUUUAAACUUAAUUAGUUUCUCUAUUUCAACAUUCGCGCAGAAAAUAAUUUAAGUUUUUAUACGAUUAUUAUUUUCAUUAACAAAAAUUAAAGGAGACGUGUUACAAAACUAAUUUAUUUUUGCAGUAUUCUUGGAGUUCUCAAUAUGGCAAAUGUACAUUCUGAUUACAUUGAAAAUGUUUUGUUGCCGGAGAUUGUAAAUAAUUUAAACGAAAAAUACAUAUCGAGUAAAAUUGAACACUCCAGUGGGCUGGAUGGGUUCAUGUCCGCCUUAUAUAGUGUAAAUUUACAAACAAAGUCAGAUAACGGUUUAAGAGAUCGUCAACUAAUGGUAAAGGUUAUGAAAGGAGACACAGAUUUUCGAGAAUCAAGUAAAUCUUACAUACAAUUCGCAAAUGAGAUUUAUAUUUACGCUAAAGUUCUACCCGAAUUCAACAAAAUUUUAAAAAGUGUUGAUAUUAAUAUAUCUGUAGAAGAUUGGGUUGCUCAUGCUUAUGCUGCAAAAUUUGGUUUUAUUGAAGGUCUCAGUAGUAAUACUUCAGCAAAUGAAUCUGUUUUAGUUCUAGAGAAUCUGAAGCCUGAAGGAUAUGUGUUAGGACCUCGGGUUUAUCUCAGCCGAAAUCAGUUAAUAAGUAUGGCUCGGCCCUUAGGCCAGUAUCAUGCAAUAAGCUAUGCUAUGAAACUAACCGAAAAUGCGUUAUGGAAAAAAUUGGUAAACGGCAUUGUUCCAUUACCUUUUAUAAAUAAAUCUGAUCCGAAUGAUGCUAAAACUAAUUUGUACCGCCCCUUGUACCGUGUUGCAUUUGAUAGAUUUUAUGAGUUUUAUGACAGAAAAUAUAAUGAAUUAUUUGUUCAAGACAGUAAAAGCAAUGAAAAACUUUCUAAAGAUUUAGAAAAUUUGCGCGAAAAGUAUUUUACCGAACCCACACUUCUAUUAGAACGAUUACGCACUCUAGCAGUUGAACGACCUGAAGAUGAAAUAUUUGCCGCUAUAUUACAUGGAGACUUCAAUCGCAAUAAUGUACUUUUUCAAUACGGUCAUAGUGAUAACGCAGAUGCGCAAGAUCACGCAAAACCUGUUCAAAAUGUUAAAUUAAUAGAUUUCCAGGAGUUGCGGUAUUCAACACCAGUUAUCGAUUUGAGUUUUUUCAUGUUUAUAAAUACUUUAGAAGAUAUACGGUAUGAGGUGUGGUUUGAUAUUCUGAUUGAGUAUCAUACUCACAUGUUGAAGACAUUAUCAAGAGUUUUAAAGACCAAUUUGGCAGGUAAAAUGUCUCCCGAAAAUAUUGAUAAAGAACUGGAAAAAUAUAGCUUCCAAAAUUUUUAUACGCAUUUUCGUCGCUAUGCUAUAUAUGGAGCACUGAUUUGUAUGCAUUUCCUGCCGUGGCUUCUUUGCAGUGAGAAAGAAUGUGCUCUUUUAUCCAAUUUAUUCGAAACUGAUAUGCAUAGCAGCGAAUUCCAUAAAAUUUCCUUAGAAGCUGGUGGAGAUGAAGUGAAUAUGCGAAUUUUUGAAAUUUUAAAACUUGCCAGCAAGUUUGGUUAUUUAAAUUAUUUAUAAUUAAUUACAUAUAAUCAAUUAUAAUCAAAGGCAAUAUUUAAACUGUUUGAUAAUUGCAAUGAUUAAAAAAUGAUGCUACGGAUAAAUAAAAUAAUUUCAUAUGUUUACACUUCAGCUUAUCUUACAUGAUACAGCAAUUUUUAUGUAAGAUGUGUUUACAUUUUGAUUUCAAAAUUAAACGAGCAAUGAUAAAAAAAAUGAUUUGUUAAAUUUAAAAUUUUCUUUUGAAUAUAGUUCACCGUCAUAUGUUUUCUUUGUUAAGAGUUAAAAUUUUUUAGUGUAAAUAAUAGAAAAAAUUUUGUUUGAAUUUAGAUUAGCGAAUAUAACUGAAUUCUACAUUCUUAUCGAGAUUAAUCUGAACAUGA